UGGUAACGUGGAUUGUUUGCGGAAAAUGCCGAACAGGCUACGCACAUGGACAGAGCUACCGAUACACUUGUGUGAGAGCACGGGAACGGUAUAGUGGGAGAUGACGGUAGGUCAUAGUGGGGGUAAGCGUUCUGUCCCAUGUCCCACGAUUCUGGCAUCACUGCAGUCACUGAGGAUUCUGACUACAGCGCUAUCAGGUCGUCAGCCAUUCUACGUACGUAAGCGUGAAACACAUUUCCCACGAGUAGUAAAAAUGGCGAUUCUCGUUCAAAGUACUGAAGACCUACAAAAGAAGCUUGAAGAAGCUGGUGAUACAUUAGUUGUAAUUGACUUCUAUGCUACAUGGUGUGGUCCCUGUCAAUUGUUUAAACCUCAAUAUGAGGCCAUGGCAGAGUUAAUCUUAAAAGUUGAUGUAAAUAUAUGUGAAGAGAUUGCUAAUGAAUAUAAAAUCAAUGUUAUGCCUACCAUUAUUUUCAUUAGACAUGGUAAAGAGCUGGAAAGAUUUUUUGGUGCCAGUAAUGAGAAACUUAAAGCUGCUCUUGAAAAGCUCACGUCAUAAUUUUAAUAAUAAAAAUUAUCAACAGAGGUAACUAGCAAAUGCCUCAUGUUAAUUGAAAAUGAACUUGUGUUUUACUUGCAAAGGAAAUGUAAGGAGAUAUGAAACUUU